AUGGAAGACUGGGGAUCGCCGUGGGCUGAUGAUGAGAAACUCAGUGAUAAUGAUGACGGGCCCAAAGAGAAAUUUCCGCCGAGAGCGAAAGGUGUUGAGGAAGAGGGCAAUCAUCUAGAGAGGGAGGGAGAGGCGGUAGUAACCCCAGUUGCGGAGGAGAAACGGGACGUUGGGGAAACAGGCCUGGCGGUGGAUUGGGAUAGUGGGUUUGCCGAUUCGUCAGCUUGGGCGAAUGCUACACCGAGGGAGCAGGUCCGGGAUGGGAAUGACUUUGGGUGGGGAGCUUUGGGCUUAGGGGAUCUGCCGGGGGUGGGAGCAAAGGGGGGUGGUGGUUCGGGGGAAGAGGGGGAAGUCAGAAUUGAGGACGACUGGAGGGGUAGUGAUGAGGAUGGGGAUGUCAAGGCUGCUAAUCCUCAUCCGAUAGCUACCGAUGAAGUCAAUGCAUGGGGUGCCGGCUCGGAUUGGGGAGAUCCUAAGACCCCCGAACCCCGGAUUGGGAGAACUAAAAGCGCUCCGGGUUUAUCUUUAGGUGAAGUGGGGGAUAAUACCCCUGAUGGGGGGUCCGAUACGGAAGUGAAGAGCUUGCCCACUCCAGAUGUCGAGAGACAUGACCAACUCAUCGAUGCAGCAAACCUUCUAAGCAGUCCUAAGAAACAGUGGGUAAGCGAUAGGGUAGCCCAGAAUGUGAAAGGGGGCUCGAAAGAUCAUCUGCAGCCGGUUCUGGAGGCUGUUUCGGAGACUCAGGAGGACCCAAGGGAUGCCGGUCCACCGCCAUCAGAACCACAUUCGGCCACCGCGUCGGUCUGCGAGGCGAGCUCUUCGAGAGGUGGCUUCACGAAUGUUAAUGCUGGGGACCAAGAUGACGACGACGAUGAUUUUGGGGACUUUGCGGCGGAAGGCGGGGAAUUCGAGGAACUCCAAGCACCCAUAUCAGAGCCAACACUUCCUGCAGUGAUCACAGCACCUCCACCAGACUCUUUCGAAAUAGAUGUCUCUUUUGUCUCAAAGCUAUAUCCGAUCCCAACCAGCCGUCCAGACCCGCCACCAAUCGAGGAAAUUAUCUCAACUACAGAAUCGUGAGUGGGCAAUUACUCUGUUUGGUGUUCAUAUUUAAUUUUUGAUUAGCCGAAAAACCUGGUAUCGACUGUCGACGAGCGGAACUAUUAGGAGAAAUCGGAGUGACGACGAUGACUACGUCCGGGUCAUGUGGGUUGGGUCAAAGGUUCAGGAGAGCGUGAACAAGAUUGUGGAGAAGUGGAUGACAGAGGACAGGAAUUCAGGGGGGAGCGGCCUGAUGGGUGGGGGGAAAAGGGUGAGCGCUAUGUUUGGAUGGGGGGACGGCAGCUCGAGGGUUUCGGAUCAGAAGCCAAUAUCUCUGGAGAGAACCGCACCGCAAUUAUCGAGCGGGGGUCAUUCUCGGAAAGCAAGUGGUUCUGGGCUUGCUUCUCUUCCUACACAAUGUCUACUCUCGAAACCCGCCGGGAUUGGGAUUCCAAGUUCUUCAGAGCCAGUGGACGGCGGAUCUGUUUCAUCACCCCAUGUUGCAAGCUUCGGAUGGAGCAGUAGGCAAUCUCAGUCUUGUCCGAACUCGGUGAAGGGUGAAGAGAAAACACCUUCUACCCCGCUAAGAACGAAUCUACAUAGCUCGACUAGGCACUCGUUACCAUCUCAACUAGCCCCCGAAAAUAUGUCAAGAGUCCCUCGCUCGCCGACCACCGACAAGUCAGCUGGGCCUUCGAUGAUGGUAACAUCAACUACGAUAUCUCCAAUUCAAUCACCAACAGCGGGUACCAAAAAUGGCCCCGUCGCGCCGGCCCCGGAAUUUCUCCCGGCGGCGGGUAAUUCGAUCACAACGCAUCCUCUACCUACAGGUCUACCAGCAGAUACGCAAGCAGCCAAUUUAGCCUCCACAUCCGGCUUUGAUGAUUGGGGUGCCUUGGAGAAUGCACCGGCAAAUGCGCCACCCGCAUCCCCAAACAUCCAAUCGCGCAAUUAUGACGAGUGGGGCGCAUUCGAGAAUCCUGCACCCAAAGAACCUGCUCCAGUGAUUGGAUCAGAGAGUCCCCCUGUAGUAACCAGCCUCAAGUCCAUUGCCCCAGUACCAAUACCAUCAGUCCAGUCUCCAUCCGAAUCAAAUAAAAAGCUCAACUCGGCUCAAACAGCACUCGGGGCAGCUAAUACAACUAUCGAUCGAGGUGAUCUUGGAUCCUUGUCAUUUCGACCCCCGAAAUCCCAAACCCCAUCAAAUGUAUCGUCUUCACGUGCUCCCAAGAAUGAAAACAUCGACUCACCAGCCUGGCCUGAAUUGAAAGGUCAGAAAGCCUCUCGACCGGGUCCGGUCGAAGAUUCUCGAGAGGGCUCAAACCUUUCAAUUCCACCAACUUCGAAAAAAAGUGUCUCAGGCGAUGGGAGCUUUAUUUCUACACCGAUAAACGGAAGCGCGUCCGAUAGUAUCAAAAAGGACCCUAUCAUAUAUAAUGCGCAAACGCAACAAGACAGCGAUGAAGGUGAUGAUUGGGGUGAAAUGGUCCAAUGUCCAGUUACGCCCCUGGGAGUUUUCGGCCCUACAGAAGGUUUAAUGGUACCAGCUCCCGCUUCAUCACAGGAUAUCGCUAGCCUUAUUGCUUCGGCCCCGCCAGCACCAUCGAUCCCUCAACGUAUCCCAGCACUAGAUUCAGCCCCCGUACCGCCUUCGGUGCCUGCUCAGGCUAUACAGCCAACAUCGGCACCUUCAGCCGCCCUAUGGCCGGGCAGUUUUGGGCAAAAAUCGGGAUCUAAUAUCGGAGAUCCUUGGGAUUUAUCCUUCUUUGAAGGACACUCGACCCCUAACAGUGGGUUCCCCAUUCCCAAAGAUAUCCCACAGCCUGAUAGCCAAGAUCUUUGGGAUACACCGACUGUUGUGCAGGGCAAAGCCCCUGAGUCAGCGAAUGAUAAGGCGAUCAGAGAGAUUGUGGAAGGGCUGCCAGAUCUGAGCUAUAUGUUCGGCUGA